CACGCCCCCACUCGAACGAGCGGCCGAUCAGAAAGUAGACACGACCUACUUGCAUCAGGACGAAGAGCCACCAGACCAUGCAUGGCUCCGAUUCCAGUCUCAACAUCCAACAAAUGGCUCAGAAUUCGGCGAGUGCGCAUCUUACUACGCGUCGUUUGGCACAUCAAGCAGUAAAAGUGGACUUUGUUCUUCAGCACUUUAUGGGAACACUGCCACUGCGUCCAUGCCUCAAGUCGAGUCGUUCCAUACAACUCCUGCUCCGCAACAGUCCCUAUACACACAGGGCUACCAAAAUGGCAAUUUCCCAACCAACUCUACCACGCUUUGUGCCCCUAGUGUACCGUCAGCGUAUACCCAUGUGGUACCUCAGCACACCGCGUACACCUCCUAAGCCUACUAGCCUCAACCCAUUUCCACCAACUAUUCAAACGAAACGUCAGCUAUACCACGCACUCUGGGUUAUACAUCGCGUUCUUUUACAUCAUUCGCGGAAAAAGAGGCGCCCAAGGCUCUACAACGACACCAUACUGCGCCACCCGAAGUCCAAGGACGCUGCUCAUCAGAAGGAAGAUGCCGCUUGUGCGGAAACCUUUUAUCCUGCGUGGGUAAUUGCGACAUGUGCUACCCUUCGGGCCGCACUGAUGCACGACCCUAGGAGAUGUUCUGGUCAUUGUACACGUUCUUGCAUUAUGUGCGCUUAAUCUACAGCUCUAAAUUGUCAUGACUGCUUCAUGUCCAGAACGAUUUCACGCCUUCGAUACCCUUCAUUCUAGAUUGACACAUCCACUACUGUAGAUUGCAAUGUAUUCUAAUUCUAUUUUCA